UAAAACCAGCCUAUUCUCUCGCAUUGUUCCCUUUUUUUUUUUUUCCUCAAGGAAGUGUAAGGGAAACCAAGGGGAAUUUUUACCCAUGAUUUCCAAGGCAAAGGUCACCGUCAAUGGCUGGCUGUUUCCAGAGGGCUCAGGUUUCUGGUCAGUAUGGAUUUUUUUUUUCCUUUUUUUCUUUUCUUUUUAAACUCAUGAACAAAAAGAGGUUGAUGAUGCCUUGCAAAGAUUUUUUUUUCCCCCCAGCUGCUUGAUGAGCUGAUUGUCGUUUGAAGUUUCCUGCGUUUUGGAGUCUCUCGGGCAGCAAUGAGAAUAGGUAGUAAGUGAUCCGUGUCUAUCUAAAACAACAUAGUUCUGAAAACAAACUCAGUUGUAGAAUUUUAAGGAAGGAGUGAGUGGGUGGUAAGUUCCGGGGGUGGAAAAGUGUUGGGUAAAUCUGCAGUUUGCUAAAAGUAGACAACCUGGAUUUUCUGUUGGCCAAUGGAUGCUAAAGAGCUUUUUGCCUCCCGUGGGUAAGUGAGACUCACAGAAAGGGUGCUUCUCGUUUCUUCCAUUAUUUAUAGUCCUGGGCUCCUCAACACUUGAAACUUGCAGCACAGAUACAGGACUCACAGAGUGGAAAGGAUGACUUGGCAGUACAUGCGUGAUGAGAGAUGAAGAAGUGCUGUCCAGAUGUGAAGUGUCGCCCUUAGAAAGAGAUAAAGCCAGUUGUCAGUAACUCAAAGGCCCGGAUAAAAGGGGCAGAACUAAAACCUUAAUAUUUGGUAUUUGAGCCGUCACAAUUUUUAGUGUGAGAAUUCAGCCAGAAACACGAAUAGAUUUUAUUGUGGACUUCAUAGUAUGGAAGAUAACCGUUUUUCGAUUCCAGGAGCUGCUGACUUAAUGCCAGUCCACGCGCUUAAGUGAGAGCUUUUUCAUGGUGAAAGGAGCAGCCCUCUUCUUACAACAGGGAAGCAGCCCUCAAGGCCAGCGGAGUCUUCAGCAUCCCCACAAGCAUGCAGGGGACCUGCCUCAGCACCUUCAAGUAAUGAUCAACCUUCUGCGUUGUGAAGAUCGAAUCAAGCUGGCUGUGCGCCUGGAGAGCGCCUGGGCAGAGCGGGUCCGCUACAUGGUGGUGGUGGACAGCAGUGGGCGCCAGGACACGGAGGAGAGCGUCCUGCUGGGAGUCGACUUUUCCAGUAAGGAAAGUAAAAACUGUACCAUCGGGAUGGUUCUCCGACUGUGGAGCGACACGAAGAUCCACCUUGACGGAGACGGUGGAUUCAGUGUCAGCACAGCAGGAAGGAUGCACGUCUUCAAGCCCGUGUCUGUCCAGGCCAUGUGGUCUGCCCUGCAGGUCCUCCACAAGGCCUGCGAGGUGGCACGCAGGCACAACUACUUCCCCGGGGGUGUGGCGCUGCUCUGGGCCUCCUACUACGAGAGCUGCAUCGGGUCCGAGCAGAGCUGCAUCAAUGAGUGGAACGCCAUGCAGGACCUGGAGUCCACGCGGCCCGACUCCCCCGCCCUGUUUGCGGACACGCCGACCGAAGGGGAGAGGACUGAGCGCCUCAUUAAGGCCAAACUCCGAAGCAUCAUGAUGAGUCAGGACCUGGAGAACGUGACGUCCAAGGAAAUCCGUAAUGAGUUAGAGAAACAGAUGAACUGUAACUUGAAAGAGUUCAAGGAGUUCAUAGACAACGAGAUGCUCCUUAUCUUGGGACAGAUGGACAAGCCCUCCCUCAUCUUCGACCAUCUUUAUCUCGGCUCUGAAUGGAAUGCAUCCAAUCUGGAGGAACUGCAGGGCUCAGGUGUUGACUACAUUUUAAACGUCACUAGAGAAAUAGAUAAUUUUUUCCCUGGCUUAUUUGCGUAUCAUAACAUCCGAGUCUAUGAUGAAGAGACCACAGACCUCCUCGCUCACUGGAAUGAGGCGUACCAUUUUAUAAACAAAGCAAAAAGGAACCACUCCAAGUGCCUGGUACAUUGCAAAAUGGGCGUCAGUCGCUCUGCUUCCACGGUCAUAGCCUACGCGAUGAAGGAAUUUGGCUGGCCCCUGGAGAAAGCCUACAACUACGUGAAGCAGAAACGCAGUAUCACACGCCCCAACGCGGGUUUUAUGAGGCAGCUGUCUGAGUAUGAAGGCAUCUUGGACGCCAGCAAACAAAGGCACAACAAGCUGUGGCGCCAGCAGACCGACAGCUGCCUCCAGCAGCCUGUGGAUGACCCUGCGGAGCCUGGGGACCUCCCGCCGGAGACCCUGGACGGCACCCCGGAGGCCGAGCUGCCCUGCUUGGAUGACGCCGCCCCGCCUGGGUUCCCAGGCAGCGGGGCCCCCGGGGGACCCGCUCUCCCCUGCUGUUUCCGGCGACUCUCAGACCCCCUGCUGCAUUCCCCCAGUGAUGAGACAGGCGGCGUGGUCCACCUGGAGGAUCUGGAGAGGGACGCUCUGCUGGAGGAAGCCGCUCAGCCAGCAGAGGCGUGCAAGCCAGCCAGACACCCCCAGGAAGGCCCUGGACUCUGCGAGAAGGAAGUGAAGAAGAAACUAGAGUUUGGGAGCCCCCAAGCCCAGUGCGGCUCGUCGCCGCAGGUGGAGGAGAUGGAAAGGGAGGAGGCCUCGGGAGCAGGGAGGUGGGGGCAGCCCGAAACCCAGCUCGAUAACCUGCUCAACCAGGAAAACCUAAAUAACAACAACAGCAAGAGGAGCUGCCCGGAAGACUUCGAGCAUGAUGCGAUCUUUGGGAUCCUUAACAAAGUGAAGCCUUCCUACAAAUCCUGCGCUGACUGCAUGUACCCGGCAGCCAGCGGGACUCCUGAGGCCUUCGGGGAGCGAUGCAAGAACCCCGGUGCUCCUGCCAUCUGCACCCAGCCCACCUUCCUGCCCCACCUCACGUCAUCCCCCAUGGCCCACGUGGCCAGCAGGUCUCGAGCUUUGGAGAAACUGGCCUCUGGCUCAGCCGAAACCCCCCCUUUCCUGCCACCAGCAGGCUUGAGGAGGCCAGACACUGGUGGCCCUGAGGUUGGGGCUGCCCCAGAGCUACCAGCCAUUCUUUUAGAACCUUCCAGAGAGACUCACAAAGUCCUACCAAAGUCCCUCCUUUUGAAGAAUUCUCACUGUGAUAAGAACCCUCCCAGCAUGGAAGUAGCAAAGGACGACUCUCCACCCAAGAAGGAUCUGAAGCCGGCCAAGGACCUGCGGCUCCUGUUCAGUAAAGAAGCCGAGAAACCGACACCCAACAGCUACUUGAUGCAGCACCAGGAAUCCAUCAUCCAGCUGCAGAAGGCGGGCUUGGUCCGCAAGCACACCAAAGAGCUCGAAAGGCUGAAGGGCACGCCCGCUGACCCGGCGGCCCCCUGCAGGGACAGCCCCACCGGCAGGCUGGAGGCCAGCAUCCCUGAGGAGAACCAGGACCCGGCUCUGCCCGGCCAAGCCCGGGACAACGAGAAGCCUGAGGCCGGGCCCCCUCCGUCGGAAGGAGCCCCCCUGAAGAGCCCCCUGCCCUUCCUCUGCCGCCCAGACCACACCAGUCACUUCUCAAAAGACUUCCUGAAGACCAUCUGCUACACCCCCACCUCAUCCUCCAUGAGCUCAAACCUGACCCGGAGCUCGAGCAGCGACAGCAUCCACAGCGUCCGCGGGAAACCCGGGCUGGUGAAGCAGCGCACGCAGGAGAUCGAGACGCGGCUCCGGCUGGCGGGCCUCACCGUCUCGUCCCCGCUCAAGCGCUCGCACUCCCUUGCCAAGCUCGGGAGCCUCAACUUCUCGACGGAGGACCUGGCCAGCGAGGCCGACGUGUCCACCGUGGCCGACUCCCAGGAUGCCAGGUUGAGUGAGUCUUCCUUUUUGCAUGAGCCCCUGGCGGCCCCCAGGACCCCAGCUGCAACCUCUAAACCGUCAGGGAAAUCUGCCCCAGAAAACUUGAAAAGCCCUUCGUGGAUGAGCAGAAGCUGACCCGCCUGUGGCUGCGUUGGGACUUCUGUGACCCCUCCCUUAGUUUCACUGUGGAUUUUGGUCCACUCCUUCCGUCUUGAUUUCCUUUAAACAGUUGGCGUUGUCCUCACUUUUCCUUCCCUCUUGCUGCAAAGGAGGGGAGAAGAAGAAACAAAAACACCUAACAUACAGCACAAGAAGAAAGGAGAGCGUCGGUUUUGUGGCCUGGGAGAACCAGCAGCUGUCGGCCAGUAGACUCUGACCCCAGAUCGGGUGUUUCCAAGAAGACUCAUGUUUGAAGAAGAGCAAAUAUACAGAGAAGCCCACACAUCAAAAAUCCUCCAUGCACAGCCUGCAAAAGAAGAGCUGUGGUGUUGGCAUCACCACCAUGGCGCAUGUCCUCGCUCCUUCAGGCCCUCAUGGGAAAACUCAUGGAUGGCAGUAGAAGUCCUACCUCUGAUCCUGCUGUGCUUUUUUACUUUUAAAAAUCUGAUAAUGACCAAGGCUCAUCCCGGGGAAAAAUGCUGUGUCAGAAAAGGUUUUUCCAAAAGAGAACUUUUUGUUGCUGUUGUUGUCAGGACCCCAAAAAGCAUUAAGACUUUUAAGUCACGUGCACCAAACACUGCUAGUUAAAGUGACAUGAAGGCACAAGUGCUGUUGUCAGACCAGCUCCAGGGUGGGUGGAGGUCCUCUGAGCAGUUGACUUCCCUGUCCUGGCGUGUUGUCACAGUUGAGUGAUGUGUGUCUGGCCAGCCCUGGGGUGAGGUGAGGGGAAAUGUUUUUGGGGUCGUCAGUUGUUGCUAAAGGUCAGUCUUCAAUUAUCCCCCAUCUGGGGAGAAGGACCCACAAAGUAUCGUUGAGUCUUACCUGCUGCGGAACCCAGUGCGGUCCUGUUGAGGUUUUGAAGACACUCGAGUGUCUGGUGGAGCCAGGGGUCCUGAGACAUGGCUUGCCCUGCCAGGAGCCCCGGCAGUCAGGUUCAUUAGGUCACAUGUACUCAUGUUUGGGGAGGAAAAGGAGAUUUCAGCAAUGAGAAAAGCUCAGUCACUCUCAAGGAACAACUCAGUAGCAGCUUCUCUGAGAAGUGGGACUGGUGGAAAGCUUUGCAGAUGUUUAAAGUCUCCCCUUCCUGCAGUGAGAACACUGCUUUCUGUGGCUCUUUGCAGCAGGCAGGACGGCGCACGGUCUUACUUGGCUCUGGGGAUAGUCCCUCUAAGGAUCUUGAGUGGAGGGACUCCUCUGAUGUUGGCUGGCAAGACAGGAUGUUAAAAUAUUUUGGAGAGAGAGAAGAGGUUGGUUAGGUUUAAUUCAGGGGUCCGCAAACCAUGGUGUAUAUAUGGCCCCGUGAGCUAAGAUUGUUUUUUACAUUUUUAAGGGGUUAUCAAAAAAUUAACAAAUAGGCAACAGAGACCGUGUAGCCUGCAAAGCCUAAGCUACUUUACAAUUAGGCCCUUUAUAGAAAACCUCUGCUGAGCCCUGGGUUUACUUGAUAACACAGGGCUGCCCAAGGCCUUCCAGGAAGAAACUGGUUGAGUUGGAAGGCCUCCGUGCCUCUUUGACACCUCAGGCCAAAUGCUUCCCUCCUCCCCACCCAGUCCUUGCCAGCCCAGCCCCAGCACCUCUCCUGGGAAGGGCGGCAGGGGCUGCUGUGCACAUGGAGCGGCCCUGCUGGCUGGAGCUUUCCCACAGGUGUAGCUUGCCCUCAUAUGGGCCUACCAGAUUAUUUCAGUGAAACGAGAAAUCCUUCAAGGGCCGGCCAAAUUUUGAAAGUGGGUAAAUGAGUCUCUAUCUUAACAGUCAGAACGGGGACCCCCAAGAGUAGCCCAGGCAGGGUCUUUAGGAACAAGGCUAGUCUGUGUUUUAACUAGUGGGUAGUUUUUUUGCCAAAACCCUCUCUCCGGAAACUUUUCCUGCCUUAUUUUUUUUUUAAAGUUGGUGUUAUUUUACCCUGCAGGAAUUUGUUUUCCCACCUCUGUGAAUUGCAAUCACCUUAAAAGGUGAUGAUCCACUUAUUGCGGAAAACCCAGUUGGGUUUCCUCCUCUCUCUCAGCCAACAAGAGCGCAGUCUCAAAAAUAUAUAUCAGGUUCGGUGUUUUGCCAAAUUAAAUUUCAUGUGGUAGAUCAGUUCUUGUGUCAAAAUAAUCCUUUAGAUUUGAUGAUGACAGGCUUAUGUUGGUUUUUUAAACCUUGACUGGGUAUGAUAUAUAUUUGAAGACCUUAAUUUUGAAAGCCAUAAUUUUUCUUAUCCAGUUAAAGGGCGGGAGGAGGAUUAGGGAUACCAUUGGGUCGUUGGCGUUUGGCAAAGUUGUGCAUUCAUUGUCAGAAGCUAGUCUAUCAGCAUCUAAACAGACCAGGACCAGGUCCCCAUCAUCAGAGCAAAGUGAAGCUUUCUUGAUGGAUAACACGCUAGCCUGGAGAAGAGUAUGAAGGUUUUGCUCUGAGACCCAGAUCAGUGGCAUAUAAACAUGUGGCAGAUUGCUAUUUUAAAUGUUGUAUACUAACAAGACAAGAGAUUGUACCAGGCUUGGGGACACCUUGGCAAAGACAUACUCAUACUGGUCUCUGAAAAGAAAGCUUGCAUCAUAAGCUAUGCCACAUCUUGACCAAUGCUUUGUAAGCUUAGCAGAUGGGGGAAAUUCCAAAUGUGAGCGGUAAGGGUUGAUGCUGUGAAAGUCAUUGACUUUGAUGACUGCCAUCUUCUUGGAAUGCCUUUGUCGAACUAGGCGAGAACAGAAAUUUUCUAAAUCAGCCCGAUACCCUGUGAGUUCGGCCGCACUUCCUCUUCCACCUCGCCUUUCCCUCACUUUCACUCUCAUUCACAUGGCAUGCCAAAGUUAGAGCGAACUUGUCUAGGUCUUCCUCUUGCAUUAACACAGGGAGGUCUUCUUGUCGCGUCCUGUUGAAUCGAAGAGGGGAAGUGGUCACAGAGAGAGGGGAAACCAUGCUGCCCUCUGAUCAGAACUUGACCUUGCCGAUUUCCAUGUCUUUGUCUCGUAGCUACUUCAGGGCCUUGGAGCAGUGUGCAUCACUGCAUGAACUUAUUGAGCACAAGGUUCUUGCCCUCGGGCUCCCCUGCCUCCUUGGUCUCAGGGUGGGCACGAGUGCCAACCUCCUGGCUGCCAGGCAGCUCUCUGCUGGGUGGGGGCACCUGGCGCAUCAGGCGAGCAGACUACUCGGUCCAACUCCUUUCUGCUCCACCCCACCCUCUCCAGCUACAAAGCAUUCCAGCCCUUUCUAAAGCCUUUUCCCUCUUGGAUAAGCCCAGAGGAUGCCUGGGAUGGAGCCAAAGCGGCCAUAGAAUUCACAUCGUUGGGACAACCCUGUACGUCAGCGGUGCACGCAGGCCCCGUCCCAGGAGGCCGGUGGGGCCCCUGCUGCCGAGUGAGAGGAGACG